UGGGGGAGGAGGAGGCUACUGGGGACUGGCUCAGAGUAGGCUCAGCCACCCGGAGUUCUGGGAGGCCCAGGGAAGCCACACACCUGCCCACAGGCUUCACAGGCCUUUCAUGAGGUUGGAGGCCCUUGUUACUCUGGAGCGAUGGAGGACAAGAAGGGACCCAGGCAUCUGCCCUCCCAGUCGCUCCUUCCCUCCCUCUCCUGGGCUGAGGCCUGGACUCCCCAUCCCCCCCCAGGAGUUUUGUGCUGAGCCGCAGUUCAUCUGUGAAGACAUGAGCCGCACGGACGUGUGUCAGGGGAAACUGGGUAACUGCUGGUUUCUUGCGGCUGCUGCCUCCCUUACUCUGUACCCCCGACUCUUGUGCCGGGUGGUCCCCCCUGGACAGGGCUUUCGAGACGGCUAUGCAGGUGUCUUCCAUUUCCAGCUCUGGCAGUUUGGCUGCUGGGUGGAUGUCGUGGUGGAUGACAGACUGCCCGUGCGUGAGGGGAAGCUGAUGUUCGUGCGCUCAGAUCAGCGGAAUGAGUUCUGGGCUCCACUCCUGGAAAAGGCCUACGCAAAGCUCCACGGCUCCUAUGAGGUGAUGCGAGGUGGCCACAUGAACGAGGCUUUCGUGGACUUCACAGGUGGUGUGGGCGAGGUGCUCUAUCUGAGACAAAACACCCUAGGCCUCUUCUCUGCCCUGCGCCAUGCCCUGGCCAAGGAGUCUCUUGUGGGUGCCACUGCCCUGGUGAGAGAGGUGGACUCCCAUGCGGACCCCCACCAGGAUACGAGUGACCGGGGCGAGUACCGUACAGAAGACGGGCUGGUGAAGGGACAUGCAUAUUCAGUCACAGGCACGCACAAGGUGUCCCUGGGCUUCGCCAAGUUGCGGCUGCUGAGGCUGCGGAACCCGUGGGGCCGCGUGGAGUGGACCGGGGCCUGGAGUGACAGCUGUCCACGCUGGGACGCACUCCCCCCCGAUCGGCGAGAGGCUCUGCUGGUGAAAAAGGAGGAUGGUGAAUUCUGGAUGGAGCUGCAGGAUUUCCUCCACCACUUCGACACCGUCCAGAUCUGCUCACUGAGCCCAGAGGUGCUGGGUCCCAGCCCGGCGGGAGGCGGCUGGCACAUCCACACCUUCCAAGGCCGCUGGGUGCGCGGCUUCAACUCUGGUGGGAGCCAGCCGAGUGCUGACACCUUCUGGACCAAUCCCCAGUUCCGGCUGACGCUGCUGGAGCCUGAUGAGGAGGAGGAUGAGGAUGAGGAGGGGCCUUGGGGGGGCUGGGGGGCAGCAGGGGCUCGGGGCCCUGCACAGGGGGGCCGCACCCCCAAGUGCACGGUCCUCCUGUCACUCAUCCAACGCAACCGGCGGCACCUGAGGGCCAAGGGCCUCACUUACCUCACCGUGGGCUUCCACGUGUUCCGGAUUCCAGAGGAGCUGCUGGGCCUCUGGGACUCCCCGCGCAGCCGCGCGCUCCUGCCCGGGCUGCUGCGCGCCGACCGCUCUCCCUUCUGCGCCCGCCGCGACGUGAGCCGCCGCUGCCGCCUGCGCCCCGGACACUACCUGGUGGUGCCGAGCGCCGCCCGCGCCAGCGACGAGGCCGACUUCACGCUGCGCAUCUUUUCCGAGCGCCGCCACACGGCCGUGGAGAUCGAUGAUGUGAUCAGCGCAGACCUGCAGGCUCUCACGGGCCCUUACAUGCCCCUGGAGCUGGGGUUGCAGCAGCUGUUUCAAGAGCUGGCUGGAGAGGAAGAAGAACUCAAUGCUCCUCAGCUCCAGACCUUAUUAAGUGUUGCCCUGGAGCCUGGAAGUGCUGGGGUUUUCUUUCCUGUAGCCAGGGCCCAUGCUCGGACUCCCGGAGAGAUUGGGCUCAGGACCUGUGAACAGCUGCUGCAGUGUUUUGGGCAUGGGCAAAGCCUGGCCCUGCAUCACUUCCAGCAACUCUGGGGCUACCUCCUGAAGUGGCAGGCCACAUUUGACAAGUUUGAUGAGGACGCCUCUGGAACCAUGAACUCCUACGAGCUACGGCUGGCGCUGAAUGCGGCAGGCUUCCACCUGAACAACCAGCUGACCCAGGCUCUCACUAGCCGCUACCGGGACAGCCGUCUGCGUGUGGACUUUGAGCGCUUUGUGUCCUGUGUGGCCCAGCUCACCUGCAUCUUCCGCCACUGCAGCCAGCACCUGGAUGGGGGUGAGGGGGUCAUCUGCCUGACCCACAGACAGUGGAUGGAGGUGGCCACCUUCUCCUAGGAUCUCAGGAUGGGAGCCCCUGUUGCUGGAGGCAGGACACCUGAACGCAACCACCCUCCCUGGGCCCUGCUCUGACUGGAGCUGGCCUGCCUGGGCCUGAUUUCUGCCCCACCGCUCACUGGCUGGGUGACUUCUCUGUUCUUUGCUCUCACCUGGAAAUGGGUAUGGCAGCAGCCUCUCCUGUGCAGGCGACAUCACCCGCUCACAAGAGCACUCUUUACUUUUACACACUUGUGGAAUCAUGGGUUCGUGUGCCCGCCCUGCUCUGGGAAGACAUAUUCUACCAUUGCUCCCCUAAGAAGUGGAGGACAGAGAAAGGAGCGAGAAAAGAGAGGACACUGUAGGAAUCCUUCUUAAAAAUAUUACAUGUUUUAUUAUCCUGUCCCCUGAAGGGUGGUUUAUCCAGAAACCGAGAAAAAAAAAAUCAAUCAGAAUAAACUCAAAAAAAGUGUGGGGGGGGACCAUCAACUACCAGGCAGCCAGGCCAGCAGCCCACCUCUACCUCAGCGGGGUCCCGAGACCCAUGCCCGACACAAACAAAGGGAAAAAUCAGUGAGGGGAGGGGAGGGCAGCAAAUCAGCUGUAUCUUCAUCACGAGAGCCGGCAAAGAUAUGUUGCUAGGCGAAUAUAUAUUUAUAUAAUAAAUCCGUAAGUUAAUAAAGUAA